GCCGAGGUCAGAUAGAAAGCUUGGCUCUAUGCAAGAAUCGAAGGCCAAAGAGUUGUCGUCGAGCUUUUGAACUCUUGGUUUGGUGUCUGUUGUGCAGAUCUGCAGGAACUGAUUUGCACGACUCAAGGAUUCCUGGCACAGGCACAAGCCAUGUCCAUCUUGUCUUUUUGAGGUUUUUCCUUCCGCACAAUGGAAGGCGAGGUGGAUGGCACGGACCUGGAUGCCGUCUCGGAUUCAGGAAGCACAAAUACGUUCCAGGAGCUAGCUAACAGGUCACGCAGCCAAUGCGAGGAACAUAACCCUGUGAAGAAAGGGACACUGCUGAAGUGGACUAACUACAUCCAGGGAUGGCAGGAGCGUUAUGUUGUGCUCAGCAACGGCACACUGUCAUAUUACAAGUCCGAGUUCGACACCUCCUUCGGCUGCCGAGGCUCUAUGAGUCUGUUGAUGGCAAAUGUGCAGAAACAUGAGUUUGACGCGAAUAGAUUUGAUGUAAGCGUGACUGACUGUAUCUAUUACCUCCGGUGCAACACGAAUGAAGAAUGUCAAGACUGGCUGACUGUUCUCCAGCAAGCAAAGGAGAAACUUCAUCAGGAUCAUGGCUAUGGCAGUGAUGUACAAAGUGUCAACAGCCCACUGCCCCUCGGGCGAGGGAAUUCCAUCAUGUCGCUCAAUUCAAUCAUAUCAAACUCGUCCUGUGUCACAAAGCCAUCUCACACUGCCCGCCUCAAGGAGAAGGUGCUGGAGAUGGAAACGUUCCGCGACCUCCUUCAGCACCAGAUGGAUACGUUACAGACGACGUUCGACGAGUGUCUUGGAUGUAUGCCACCGAGCAGCCUGGUCAGUACCCCGGAAUUUGACAAUAUGGCCACACUGGACGACGACUAUGACAAGGACUCAUCGGAGGACUGCUUGGAUGAUGAGUCGCAAGCCAUGAUUUCUAAGAAAUCGUCUAAAACUUCAGUAUCGGCAAAGAAACAGCCACUGAGACGCCUCUCGUCGGUAUCAUCUAGUAGUCGCCACCAACAAGCUGCACAUAAUCAACAGCAGCCCUGCAGUAACUUUGACCAUCGCUGCUGCGAGGUCGUGCGCAGCCUGACGCAGCACAGCUCGGACGUGCGCUCGGAGCUGAUCACGUUCCGCGCGACCAUGGCGGGCGUGUUGUCGACGUUGACACAGUGCAGUGACAUGUUCCAGCGCAAGGACGACCGCUUCCAGCGCAUGCUGGACCACGAGCGCGAUCGGCGGAAGCGACUCGAGUGCGCCCUCAGCGACUGCCAGGACAAGCUCCGCGACGCGCAAGACCGCUGGCACAAGGAAUCGCUCAAGGCUGGUCCUGACUUCCAGGAGGGGCCUCACUGUCUGAUCCGAGAGGAGGAGUUCCUGGAUGCCUUCGAAGGCGAGCUCGACAGAAUGGAGCAGGAGGAGCAUGAUCGUGUGCACUCUGCCAAUACAAAGUCUUUGUCAGAUGACAGCAGCAAUUCCAAGCUACACGAGUACCAUGACAUGCUCGAAGAAAAGCUGGAAGAGAAUAUCCGCUAUUGCUACGAAGAAGUGACAAAUGUUUGGUCGGUUGCGUUUGAAGACGGUGACCUAAAGGUGUAUCGUCGCGACAUGGAAGAGGGCGGUGUGGUGGUGGACCCGUUCAAGGCUUACCACACGGUACCCGGCAUAACUGCCUACGAGCUGUGCACCGCAUUCUUCGAUGACCAGUGUCGUAUGGAUUGGGAAACAACCAUCGAAUCUCUGGAUGUGAUUGAUCGCUAUGGGGACAACACGGUUGUGGUCCACCAGCUACUAAAGCGAGUCUGGCCAUCUUCGCAGAGAGAGAUCGUCUUCCUCUCGGCCAUGCGCGAACUACCGCCUCGUGGUCCUGACGAGAGGGGAUUUGGCUACGUGGUGUGCAAUAUUUCCGUUGACCAUCCGUCUGCGCCGGCAAGCGGCAAGCACGUCCGUGCUCAAAUCAAUGUUGCCAUGGUGGCGCACACGUUUGUCUCGGGUGUGGAGGAAGGCCAGCCGAUUGACCGCAGUAACCUGACCUGCAAGAUCACAUACUCUGCAAAUGUAAACCCGGGUGGCUGGGCACCGCCGUCCGUUGUCCGUGCGAUAUCAAAGCGCGAGUACCCAAAGUUCCUGCGUCGUUUCUCCUCGUACGCAGCGACACGUGUUGAGAAUGAGCCAAUACAGUUUCAGUCCUCGUCACAGGUUAGCACUCCCGGCUUGGACGAAGAUGUGAUAUCGACCACCAGUGUCGAAUAGAGAACACCCUUGUGCUAUGCUGUCGUUAUCGUUUCUCGUUCUCUUGUCGGUAUUCGGGUCUGCGUUGUUGGUGUUUUUGUUGUUGUGUCUGCCAAGUGGUGUGAGCAAAAGAGUCUUGGUAUUUUAUUCUCCUAUAUUCAUAUUUUGAUCAUUCUUACUAAUUUAUUCCACCGAGUUGUAUAAAUUCUCACUUUUGUAGCUUUUAUAUGGGAUUCCUGUACGUAAUGUUGCUCUACAGUGGCGUAGAACUUUAGCCUGUCAUUGUCAUGCAUCGUUGUUGUUGUCAUCGUUGUCUUUCCCUGGUUUCUCUUGUCAUGUGUGUAGCUAAUAUCUGUCCGGUUGCACUGGCGCCCGAUGUGCACAUGCCAUACAUGCACCGGGUCCCCGGCGCCACUGUUCCCCCUCUGUCGCACUUGUCCUCGCCUCCCGAACACCCCCUACUCCUGUUCGCUGUGCUGUGUUGUUGCCGUCGUUGCUGCCGUGCGGCUCGGCGUAGCUGCACUGCGCGCUGCUCUCCUCUUUGUCUGCCCGGUUUGUCGUUCGUAUACGAUUUUUAGCAUGCCGUUUUGACUAGCAAAUCCUGUCUGUGCACAGGCAACUGGCAUGGACUUCACGGCUGUCGUUGCACGAAGUUACUUUCCGCCCCUAAAGAUCAUCAUCCUGCUGCCUUUCUAGUUUCUUUACUUCCUUGAACUGUGCUCUCCCUUCCCCCUCCUCUUGCAGCGAUAGACUAGCUUGCUGCGCCUGCUCAUAGUUGUGGUGAGGUGCUCUUGUUUGUUGCUGUUGUAUCCUGAUUCCUGGUCUGGCUACAUGCCGCCAUGCUCAUGCCCCCGUGGCCUGGCAUGGCUUUCUCAACUUUGCCCUAAACGAAGCGAUUAUGCUCUUGAGAAAGUCUUGGCUGUUUCGU